UACAUGCUGCCAUAUGGAUGGCACAGCGCACACCGCCGCUCGACUUCAUCCGCACGCCUCAUCAUGGCAAAGCACACACGGACUGUGGAAGAAGGCACCGAUAGAGAGAAACAGCAUGUGCAGAGGGAGACAUGGAUGGAGAAAGAGAGAUGGAGAAACAUCAAGUCAAAUGGAUGGAUGGACGGACAAAUGGAUGAAUGGAUGGAUGGAGAGACAAACUACAAAAUUUAGCUUGGAGUCAUAAGAAGACGAUCCAGAUUCACACUGCAUUUUUUUAAAUCUGCUACUCAUCAUUUGUUUGACAGGAGGGGGGGUCAAAUUCCAUAGAAAGAAGUCUCGUCAAGACAGAAAGUGCUAUUUUUCUGCUUCUCCUUCCUCACCGCUUGCUUGCUUGCCACUCGCACUGCCAACAACAAGAAAACAAAACUCUCCCAAAAUGUCCCCAGGGGACUUUUGCACCUCGCUCCUCCUCGCCGCUUGCAUGCCUCACAAAAAGUGACAAAUUUAACUAGUCAGCAAAUACACCUAGCAGACCUUUCCUGCAGUGUAAAAAAUAUUUAUUUUACAAGAUAUUAGAACAACUGCUAGAUGGAUGCCUUGCUCAAAAGCACCUCAACCUGUGUGGAACCUGUGUGCUCAGGAGGUCACAGGCUGGAUUUACAAACACUCCCCCAAUUUUGGAGCUCCUUUCAUUCCUGACUUCUCAAUAUUUGACUCUCAAUGCUUUUAUUUCUUUACUUUUCAGCAGGAAGCGUUGGUGGGGGGGGGGAAAUCCGUGCGUCAAGAUGAGCUUUAGGCCUCUCCCUCUUACUCACGGCCGGGCUCUCAAAAAACAAAAAAACAAAACAAAAAACAAGACAGAAAACGAGAACGCUUGAGUGAAAAUGAAAGUCGAGGAGUUAGUGGAGAGAAGAGGCGAGCUCGUCCCCCGCCCCGCCCCGCCCCUGACAGUGUCCUGACAAUGGCGCUGGAUGGAUGCGUACGGCGGUCAGUGGGACAGUCAAAGCACGCCUCCGCCUCCUCCUCUUCAAAAAAGAGGCGCGUCAUCGUCCUAACAAGGCGUUAUGAAUAGCAAAGCGGCUUUUGUGUGGCCGCCCGUAUAAAAAGCCACUGACACCUCACAGAGCCAGCACAGACAAGAAACGGAGCCGCUGCGUAAAAGCGCGCAGGUGGAAAUCGAAAGAGAGAGAGAGGGGAACCGAGGGGGGGAUCGAGAGAGGUAGAAAGCGAGUGAGAAAGAGAGAAAGGGGGAGGAAGCCUCGGAGGCCGAGCCAUAAAAUGAAUUCAGAUUCCAGCCCGAGCAGCAGAGCCUCAUCCCCGGACAUGGAUGCCAUGUUCCUCCGAGAGCACCUCCCUGCCCACCACUUCCACCACCUGCACCCUCACUUCAGCCUGCACCACCACCACCAGCACCCCGUCUCCUCGUCCACGCAGGCCGGCAAGAUGUCCGAGUCCAAGUCAGCCUCGUCUUCGUCGUCGGUGGAGAGCAGCAGCGGCGGCAGCAACAAGUUCAAGCUGAAGAAGCAGGUGACCGAGGAGGAGAUGUACCAGCUACGCCUCAAGAUCAACGGCCGCGAGCGCAAACGCAUGCACGACCUCAACUUGGCUAUGGACGGCCUGCGAGAAGUCAUGCCCUACGCGCACGGUCCCUCCGUGCGCAAGCUGUCCAAGAUCGCCACGCUGCUGCUGGCCCGGAACUACAUCCUCAUGCUCAACAGCUCCCUGGACGAGAUGAAGCGGCUGGUGGGGGAAAUCUACGGCGGCCAGCACUCGGCCUUCCACUGUGGCACCGUGGCGCACCCGGGAGCCGCGGCGGCGGCGGCAGCGGCGGCUGCUGCCGCGGCCGCCGCCCACCAAGUACACCCGCUCCUGGGCGGCGGCCUGUCGUCGUCCACCACGUCCACUACGUCCUCCAGCCUCCCCAUCCGGGCCCCGCACGCCUUGAUGAAGGGUUCGCCGGCCGCCGCGCCCCCCAGCCUGCAGCUGGGCUCCGGGUUCCAGCACUGGGCCGGGUUGCCGUGCCCGUGCGCCAUCUGCCAGGUGCCGCCCCCUCCCGCUCCUCCCGCGCCGCCGCCAACACACAUCCCCAUCACCUCCUCCGGCCUGACGAGACUGACGGGGGAGGCCAAGGACGGCAUGAAAUGAUUUGUCGAUCAUUUCUAAAGACUCUUUGAGGGCAUGGCGCGCGAAUUCGUGCAUGUUGCUGUCUGUUUUCUUGUUGGGUCCAUAUGAGAAAAUGUGUGUUAUUUCUAUCCUUGUACCAAGGACUCCUGAAAGACUGACACUUUCAAAAUUGAAGGUAAAAACAAAACAAAAACAAAACGAGAAAAAAAAUAAUAAUUGUGCAUGAACAUUUUGGUUCUCUUUAUUUUGUGAAAAUGAAGAUUGCGCUUUGUGCCUUGUACCAAGGAUUUAAACAAAAAAAGUGAGUUCCAUAUAAAAUGUUUUUUUUUCUUUUCCAAAAAUGUAGCAAACAGUGGCUUUAGUUUUGCAAUUGACUCAUUAAGUGGCUCGUUGUAAAAACAUCUCGAUUCCCUUUCUUGUUACUUUUGUGCAUGUUGCCCGAAUGUUGACGUUUUGUUACGCCCAGAGACUGCCUGUCUUUAUUUUUUUACAUUGUUGAGGAAAUAUUUAUUAUGAAUCACCCAGAGGACCUGGAUGACAUUUCAAUAAAACAGAAAUUAUGGAUCGUA